AUGAAAGACGACUGUGGCAAUUGUGUUUUAAAUGAACCGGAUAAAUCAAUCAAUAUGCUCCAGCCUAGCUCUUGGAUGGUUACUGUGCAAGUUCAGCAAAGAGACAUCUGGAUGGGGUGGGCAUUUGAGUUCGGACGAUGUGAACAGACUUCCUUGCUGAUUGGAUCGCCUGACGUGGUCCUAGUUGGUUCUGUCGUCUGGUUGAGCCAACCAGCCACUUCUCUAACAAGACAUAACCUGCAUAGGACUAAAAGUAAGUACUUCUGGAAAAGAUUCGAAUGGUCUUAUAUAGGAAUACACUUUGAUGAUGAUGAAGACGACGACGAAGACGAUGAUGUUUGUGUCCGUGGUGAUGUUGAGAAGACAAAGGCAAUAGUUUGGCGAUGCGCCGAUUUUCGUGAUAAACCUGAAUUUUACAUUCAGUGUUUCCUGGCUCUCAUGCUGGUCGUCGUCAGCAUUGUUCUCUGCUUCCCUCUCAAAUGGCUUGAAAAGUUAUUUUUGCAUGGUGAUAUAAAGCCGAGUAGCCUCAUCAACGACCCCUGCAUCGUCUACAUCCCGGUCACUUUUAAGAUACCCCCAGAGUUCGCUGAUCCUGAUAAUGAUGAGAAAGACGACGACGAUGAUUAUGAUGAAAAAAAGGACGGCGGUGCUGGUAAUGAUAGUUCAGAGUAUGGUCGCCGAGGGGACGGUGAAGAUGAUGGCGAGUGGAAGAAGUCGCAGCUGGUGGAAUCCAGCUACCUCCAGUUCAGGAGUGUUAGAAGAUGA